AUGAUUUUAUCACAAGCCGAAAGCCGAUAUUUGAUCCCGGUUUCUUUGACAAGUGGGCACUUUAUCUACCUGACACAAAACUGUGUUUAAAUAUGCAACAGUAAAAGAGGCACAACUCGGAACACAAGAUGAAGCAGCUGUAUUUAUUACUCAUAGCAGUGUUGCCGCUGGCAGCAGCUAGCACCUUGUUCUUUGAAUCCCACAAGACCAGCUUACAUGAAGGACGCAAUCAGCCGUGUCCACCAGAAACCGAUGUGGGCUGUCCUUUGGGAACCACCUGCUGCCACCUGGUGACUGGGGAUGCUGUUUGUUGUCAAGGAGAAAAUGCGGUCUGUUGUCCGAAUUCCCUGCACUGUUGUCCAGCUGGUCAUAAGUGUGAUGAGGGUACAGGACUGUGUACCAGGGGAGACCCACACCUUACUGCAAUGUGGACUGAUAUGUUCUUUUUUAUCUGUAUGUUUAAUUUUGUGAAUGUGACUAUUUCAGGCUAUACUUGUCAGACGGGUUCUGGACAAUGUGUACGUGAGAAUGAAGCCAUUUCAUUGAUAACAGAUAAAGCUGUGCCUGUGGAUAACAAUGUAGGUUCAGUGGUAUGUCCAGAUGGGCGGUCUCAAUGUCCAGAUGGGAACACCUGCUGUAAACUAGCCAGUGGUCAAUAUGGCUGUUGUCCACAGCCAAAUGCUGUCUGUUGUAGUGAUGGAGUUCAUUGCUGUCCACAUGGCUAUACUUGUCAGACGGGUUCUGGACAAUGUGUACGUGAGAAUGAAGCCAUUUCAUUGAUAACAGAUAAAGCUGUGCCUGUGGAUAACAAUGUAGGUUCAGUGGUAUGUCCAGAUGGGCGGUCUCAAUGUCCAGAUGGGAACACCUGCUGUAAACUAGCCAGUGGUCAAUAUGGCUGUUGUCCACAGCCAAAUGCUGUCUGUUGUAGUGAUGGAGUUCAUUGCUGUCCACAUGGCUAUACUUGUCAGACGGGUUCUGGACAAUGUGUACGUGAGAAUGAAGCCAUUUCAUUGAUAACAGAUAAAGCUGUGCCUGUGGAUAACAAUGUAGGUUCAGUGGUAUGUCCAGAUGGGCGGUCUCAAUGUCCAGAUGGGAACACCUGCUGUAAACUAGCCAGUGGUCAAUAUGGCUGUUGUCCACAGCCAAAUGCUGUCUGUUGUAGUGAUGGAGUUCAUUGCUGUCCACAUGGCUAUACUUGUCAGACGGGUUCUGGACAAUGUGUACGUGAGAAUGAAGCCAUUUCAUUGAUAACAGAUAAAGCUGUGCCUGUGGAUAACAAUGUAGGUUCAGUGGUAUGUCCAGAUGGGCGGUCUCAAUGUCCAGAUGGGAACACCUGCUGUAAACUAGCCAGUGGUCAAUAUGGCUGUUGUCCACAGCCAAAUGCUGUCUGUUGUAGUGAUGGAGUUCAUUGCUGUCCACAUGGCUAUACUUGUCAGACGGGUUCUGGACAAUGUGUACGUGAGAAUGAAGCCAUUUCAUUGAUAACAGAUAAAGCUGUGCCUGUGGAUAACAAUGUAGGUUCAGUGGUAUGUCCAGAUGGGCGGUCUCAAUGUCCAGAUGGGAACACCUGCUGUAAACUAGCCAGUGGUCAAUAUGGCUGUUGUCCACAGCCAAAUGCUGUCUGUUGUAGUGAUGGAGUUCAUUGCUGUCCACAUGGCUAUACUUGUCAGACGGGUUCUGGACAAUGUGUACGUGAGAAUGAAGCCAUUUCAUUGAUAACAGAUAAAGCUGUGCCUGUGGAUAACAAUGUAGGUUCAGUGGUAUGUCCAGAUGGGCGGUCUCAAUGUCCAGAUGGGAACACCUGCUGUAAACUAGCCAGUGGUCAAUAUGGCUGUUGUCCACAGCCAAAUGCUGUCUGUUGUAGUGAUGGAGUUCAUUGCUGUCCACAUGGCUAUACUUGUCAGACGGGUUCUGGACAAUGUGUACGUGAGAAUGAAGCCAUUUCAUUGAUAACAGAUAAAGCUGUGCCUGUGGAUAACAAUGUAGGUUCAGUGGUAUGUCCAGAUGGGCGGUCUCAAUGUCCAGAUGGGAACACCUGCUGUAAACUAGCCAGUGGUCAAUAUGGCUGUUGUCCACAGCCAAAUGCUGUCUGUUGUAGUGAUGGAGUUCAUUGCUGUCCACAUGGCUAUACUUGUCAGACGGGUUCUGGACAAUGUGUACGUGAGAAUGAAGCCAUUUCAUUGAUAACAGAUAAAGCUGUGCCUGUGGAUAACAAUGUAGGUUCAGUGGUAUGUCCAGAUGGGCGGUCUCAAUGUCCAGAUGGGAACACCUGCUGUAAACUAGCCAGUGGUCAAUAUGGCUGUUGUCCACAGCCAAAUGCUGUCUGUUGUAGUGAUGGAGUUCAUUGCUGUCCACAUGGCUAUACUUGUCAGACGGGUUCUGGACAAUGUGUACGUGAGAAUGAAGCCAUUUCAUUGAUAACAGAUAAAGCUGUGCCUGUGGAUAACAAUGUAGGUUCAAUGGUAUGUCCAGAUGGGAACACCUGCUGUAAACUAGCCAGUGGUCAAUAUGGCUGCUGCCCAACACCACAUGCUGUCUGUUGUAGUGAUGGAGUUCAUUGCUGUCCAAAUGGAUACAAGUGUGAUGCCAGUUCAGGAAAAUGUGAGCGCCAAUACUCAGCCAUUCCAUGGCUAACGAAGACUACAGCCUUGUCAGUGGGAAAUGGUGGAAAUACAGUGCUAUGUCCAGACAGCCAGUCUCAGUGUCCAGAUGGUAACACCUGUUGUAAACUGGCCAGUGGUGAAUAUGGUUGUUGCCCAAUACCACAUGCCGUCUGCUGUAGAGAUGGUGUGCAUUGUUGUCCACAGGGACAAAUAUGUCAGGAACCCUCUGGGAAGUGUGUUACUCCAAAUUCUGAAACUCCCUUGCUUACUUCAGUUCCAGCCACAUUUGUCAGUCUGAAAUUACAGUCUGUCUUAUGUCCUGAUGGCAUAUCAGAAUGUCCAAAUGGGAACACCUGUUGUAAACUAGCCAGUGGUCAGUAUGGCUGCUGUCCACAGCCAAACGCUGUCUGUUGUAGUGAUGGAAUACAUUGCUGUCCACAUGGAACAAAGUGUGAUUUGACGGCUGGAACAUGCCAUAAUGGAGAGCAGAGAGUCUCCUGGUUUGUUAAGACAAUGGCAAGGCCAAAUGCACAGAAUGUUGGGUCAGUGAUGUGUCCAGAUGGUCAGUCCCAAUGCCCAAAUGGGAACACUUGCUGUAAACUGACCAGUGGCCAAUAUGGCUGCUGUCCAGUGCCAAAUGCCGCCUGUUGUAGUGAUGGGAUUCAUUGCUGUCCAAAUGGCUAUACUUGUCAGACAGGUUCUGGACAAUGUGUGCGUGAAAAUGCAGCCAUUUCAGUGAUAACAGAUAAAGCUGUGCUUGUGGAUAACAAUGUGGGGUCAGUGAUAUGUCCAGAUGGUCAGUCUCAAUGUCCAGAUGGAAACACCUGCUGUAAACUAGCCAGUGGUCAAUAUGGCUGUUGUCCACAGCCAAAUGCUGUCUGUUGUAGUGAUGGACUUCAUUGUUGUCCAAAUGGUUACACUUGUCAGACAAGUACUGGGGAAUGUGUUAAUGGGCCAGUGAUAUGUCCAGAUGGACAGUCUCAAUGUCCAAAUGGAAACACCUGCUGUAAACUAGCCAAUGGUCAAUAUGGCUGCUGCCCACAGCCAAAUGCUGUCUGCUGUAGUGAUGGGAAACAUUGCUGUCCACAUGGUUAUACUUGCCAGGUCAGUACUGGGGAUUGUGUUAGACAGAAUACAGCAAUGUCUGUUAUGAAAAGGUCACUUAAAAUUGCUCUCAAACCAUCUGGAAUGACCAAUAACAUCUGUCCAGAUGGUGGGAGCUGUCCUAACGACAACACCUGCUGUCUGCUAGCCACAGGCCGUUAUGGCUGCUGCCCUUUACCGGAGGCUGUCUGCUGCAGCGAUCAUAUCCACUGCUGUCCUGAGGGAUACACAUGCGACCUCAGAACAGGCACCUGCAGUUUUGGCAGUGACCGUAUGAGCUGGUUCACCAAAACUCCUGCAAUCGUAAUGGGAGAUAAUAUAAGUCCAAAUAAACUUCUUGGAUCUGUAAACCCCUCAAUAACGAAGGACAUUGUCUCCAAGGAUUUGGAUGGUGGAGUCACAGUUGGGAAGGCCUGUCCUGGAGGGACCCAGCAGUGUGACUCCUACCAGACAUGUUGUAAAAUGAUGGAUGGUCAGUAUGGCUGCUGUCCAGUCCCCAAUGCUGUCUGCUGUAGUGACCACCAGCAUUGCUGCCCAGAAGGCACCACCUGUGAUGUAAGCAGACAGCGUUGUCUCCGAGGAGCUGUCAGUAUCCCGUGGCUCCCUAAACUAGCUGCCAAGCCAAUCCAGCCAAGUCCAGUGGGUUCUGUGGUCUGUCCAGACGGAAGGUCAAUGUGUCCCAGUGGAAACACCUGCUGCAGGCAUGGUAGUGGCUAUGGCUGCUGUCCUAUGUCACAUGCCGUCUGCUGUAGUGAUGGCCGCCACUGCUGUCCAAGUGGAGAAAAAUGUGACCUUACACACGGACUUUGCACCAGACGUGGCAUCCUGCGCCUCUUGUUCCAUAAAACCCCAUCCAGUAUGACAAGUAUGUCUACAUCCAUGCUAGAGGUGGACCAUGACAGGCCUGUGCCAGUUCAGGACAGUGAGCCUGACAUAACCUGUGAUGACCAGUCUGUGUGUCCAUCUAGGAGCACCUGUUGCAAGCUGACCAGUGGUCAGUAUGGUUGCUGUCCGUUGCCUGAAGCAGUGUGUUGUAAAGAUGGCACUCACUGCUGUCCACAAGGGACUGAGUGUAAUACCAAAACUGAACAAUGUGGGGCCAAGGACAUCCAGUUCCCCUGGCUGAAGAAAAUGCCCGCCACACAGCCAGUACGUCGAAAAAAUAACAUUUGUCCAGGUGGCAAGUCAGAAUGCCCAGGUGGAGCCACUUGUUGUAAGCUGGCGUCUGGAAGCUAUGGGUGCUGGUCAUUGGCAGUAAAACUUUAA